UGCGCAGCCGCAGUGAGUUGUAAACACAGCAGUUGCGGUUGUACGCCUGAGAGCUAGUCUGAGCUAAAGUCCAGGGCAGUCUUUCGCCUCGGAUCGUUUAUCGACAUUUUGAUUUAAGUUGGCAGGACCCUGGGGGAAUUCGGCAUUAUAUAAUGCUGUCAUGAAACGUCAUGAGAAGAUUCCUGAUAUAGAAAAAUACGUUAGCUCGCUAUGACGUUAGCGUUAGCUCGUAACCAAUGACAAAGCGCCUGCGAGGAAUUGUUAACCAGCUAGCAAAAAACGUCUUGUUGUGUUGUUGCCAUUUAACGUCGCUUGUAGUUGCCCGCAUUGCUUAAAGUAGUAGUUUAUUAACGUGGCAGCGUUGCCAACAUGGGCUACAGUAUAGCCCCGUUUAUUCAGCGCAAUUAAUUAGUUAGUUGGGAAAGUUAGCUUAAGCAAAGCAAUAGGCCAUCAACAGACAUCUUGGGACGAUAAAGAAAAAGCCGAACAAUUCUUUCGGGUCUGAACAACGACAGAAGCUCCUCCGGGUGGGGAAAAAAAAGUGUUAUCAUAUGUUGACUGAAAACAGGAAACGACAGCACAGCGGUGGUGAUGAGGAGAGUAGCCACCUGGUGCCUCAAGCCAAAAGGCAGAGCAGGGCUCAUCCUCUCUCCCCUGAGCCAGGUCGAGAUGCUUGGGACUCGGAGACAUCCAACAGCGAGAGCAGCAGCAACAUCAGCAGUCCUGAACAUGCAGCCGGGAGUCGGUGCGCUCUGGGCCCCUGCAGUCCCUUCAGCUCAGGCCUCUCGUCAGAGCUGGGCUGCCCAGCGAAUCAGCUGUCGUACCUGCAGAUCAACCGCAUCCUCAGGGAGGCCCACUUCUAUAGCCUGCAAAGCCGAGGUCAGCUCAGAGACCCAAGAUGAGAUGACGCUCUCCUCUGAGACGCCAAAGGACUGAAAGUGUGUCGCGGCAUCGUUUGCCGAUGGUUUCUUUCAGCUCUUCCUCCCCUCUCUUCAGUCAUUGCAACAUAUCACAGCUCCGCGCAUCCGUGUGUGGAGGGCAGUAUCUAGGAGCAGUUCAUCUAUCACAUAAAUCACAGUGAUUUUUAUUUUGUGUUUUUUUUUUUUUCAGGCGAGCAAUAACAACUUUGAUUCCUGUGAUGUACUCGAAACAUUCUAUAAUCCACUUAUUUUCUGACCAAUCAGGUUUACCAACUGCUCUGAGAGCCUUACUGUGUACACGACUGAUUGUGGGUUCGUGUGUGUCCUCAUUAAAUUGUACAUGGAAACAGUAGAGAUGCUGAAGUGGUACCAAACGUGAGUUUUGGCCCAGUCGGUGUGAAGUGUUUAGUCUUACAGUAGAGUACUUGCAGAAUCUGUCGAGUGUGAGUACAUGGACCAGUCUCAGGGAGGAUAUGUCUUAGACUGCUCUCUUGCUUUCAUUUGGGGGGGGGGGGGGGGGGGGGUUAUUUGGGUAAGACUAUUUCAAUGUUAUCUUCUAGAAUUCAAUUUAGUGAAGUCAGACCUAGAACUUAGGGUUACUACAGCACUCCAAAAUGCUUGGAGAUCUACUCGGAUCAUAUUUUAGACUAACCCUGUGUGGGUUUAAAGUUUUCUCACCCACUAUGUAGUUUGUGAACAGACUUGAAGAUUAGAUGACGUUAUUUUCUUUCAGCCUUCAUCGUCCCCUGGGUUCAUUCAUUUAUUUGAUUUUGCUUUCUCCUGAUCUGAACAAGACUUAGUCUGAUAGGCUGGUUGUAAGAAUCGCUUUACUGCCUUAUAAUAGCUACAUUUUCUGAUCACAGACAUAAACUUUCUUUCAAAAAUA